AUGCCGAAAGAAGUCCGUGAUAUUGCUGAAAAAAUAAGAGGGAUUGGGGUAACUCUUACCCUUGCAAGUACUGAAUUGGAUGCGUUUAUUGGAUUCGCCCUAGCUGAUAUUAAUAAAGUAAAUAAUAGCUUAUGGAAUAAGAUUAACAAAAAUAAAAAGAAAUCACCACCACCACCGUUGUCGUUGUCAUCUGUAAUGAGAAAAAAACGAAGCGCUGUGGAUACAAUGGAUUCUUUACCGAAAAAAAAGGCAUUUUAUAAUUCCAGAAAUUUGAUUGUUUUCUUCCCGAUGAAGACGUAG